AAAAUGGGACGCAUCAAGACACGUGAUCUUCGCGGUAAAAAGGAGGAAUUGUUGAAACUUUUGGAGGAACAGAAAACUGAGCUUGCCAGUCUUCAGGUUGCCAAAGUAACGAAUGGAGCUGUUUCCAAACUUUCUAGCAUUCGUGUUGUGCGAAAGAACAUUGCGCGUAUUUUGACAAUUAUCAAUCAGGCGCAGAAGUUGAAUUUGCGAAAGUUCUACAAGGGCAAAAAGUACAAGCCUUUGGAUUUGCGUUACAAGAAGACUCGCGCAAUGCGUCGUGCUCUUACCAAGCAUGAAUUAUCUUUGAAGACACACAAGCAAAAGGUUAAUGAACGUCGUUGUCCAGUUCGUGUGUUUGCUCUUAAGGCGUGA